UUUAAUGUUAAUGCAAUUUUUUACUGAAUUAGUUUUUGUUUCUGCAAUAUAUUAUUAAUUGUAUUCAUGUAACUAAAUUCUAUAAGCCAAUAACUUAAUUUAAUUUAAUUUAGUUAAAAAACUUCACUAAUUUAUUCUACAUAGAAGAGAAGAGAAUAGAUGCAAAGACUCUGAAUCUAAACUUGAAUUUAAAUGUCACUCAAAGAUACUCUAAAUUUUUUUAUGAAGCAGACAAUUGUUUGCGGAGAAUAUCUCUGAAGCAACGUCCAGUACGAAAACUGAUGUUUCCUCCAGAACAACGUCCUCCAUGACUGUACAAGACGAUAUUUCAACUCGAAAUGAUUCUACUCAUUAUAAAUCUUCCAGUCCUCUCUUUGAAUUUGAGAAUGAAACGAAAUCACACGUGAGAAAGGACGAAGCACGAAAUAUGUCCUCUGAAAGAAAACAGGAUAAAUUUGUUCCUAGAUGGAAUCAAAAAUACAUAGUGUCACCAUUUCGAGUACAAAGAGGUUCCUUUGAUCUUACAAAUCCGAAGGAAGUCAUUGGAGACCUUGUGGUAAAUGGCAAAUCAUUAUCGUAUAUCGAAGAAUCUCACGAAGGCAAAUCUUCAGAGCCAAUGAAAAAUGUGAAAAAUCGAGACUUGACAUCGAAUACAGCUGUUAGGUGGCGAAUCACCGUUAAACGCCAGCGUGCGAACGCGACUUCCGAGCAUCCUGUUUUCAAGGUGUGA